AUGGCUUUCAACAAGAAAUAUGCUGGUCUCCCGGAUCUGGAUCUUGCGCCCGACAUAUACGAGACCCCCGAGCUUACAGACGAUUCGACCCUGCCCACAGCUACCGUUCGAUCCUCGUCACCCUUCCCAGAAGAAACAUCUACUGCAGGAAUUGACCGCCAACGUUUACAACCUGACCAUGCACGGUCCCAGUUUGAGCCUGUAAGAGUAGAUGCGAGCGGCGUAGAUUUUUCAGACAGUCUGGCCUCCAGGAGAAAGUCGUAUCGAACUGUUCGGCGAUCAAGGCGGAGACGGGAUGAUGGGACAGAAGUCUUAGGCGAUACCAGUGAAGAUGAAGAUGAAUCUCUAGAGCGAAAACUAGCAAGAUUGCGCAGGGAAACAGAAGAACUAAAAAACGAAAUUGCCAAUCGGAACUCUCAGUCGGGUGAACGGGAGGAAGAAGACGAAAACGAGCUCUCACAGAAGUCGAUUUUGGAGCUGAAUAAAACCCUGAACACCCUCUAUAUAUCUUCGAAAGGGGGGCAAGGCUCAUCAGAAGAAGCGUUCACCCGCCAACUCGCCACCGGUAUUCACAUCCCCAAAUCUGAAAGGGCGGAUGAAACACCUGCCGCUCAACAACUGGGUGGAAUACCCUCAUCACUCUUGGCAAAUACUGCGUCCUUCGAUGCCCGGCUUACUCUCCUUGAAGCUGCCCUCGGGCUCUCACAAGCCCCCAUCUCAGUAUCUCCUGAUGACCCUUCAGAUUCUGACCUUCCGCCAAUUCUCCCCACCCUACGUCACCUCUCUUCCCAACUCUCUACCUUAACGAGCACCCUGACCAAUACAGCAUCCAGCGGCCCGGCUGCUAUCCCAUCUACACUCACCACCCCACACCUCGAAGCUCUAACCACCAGAAUUCGUAAACUUACCGCUGAUGCAGAAGCACUCACUGUGGCUCGUCGACGUGCCACAGACGCUGCUCGCGCCGUCCUAGCAGCCCGUAUCGCCGCUGGAACAAGUGACGAACCCCCCGAGAUACCUGCCGCAGCGGCACAGGCCACGCCUACGGAAAUUGAGGCUGCAGCUAGCGAGCAGGCAUCCAAAAUCCAAGCUCUCUACACCACAUUGCCUACGAUCACCUCUCUGCACCCACUGCUACCUAGCGUCUUGGAGCGCUUGCGCUCAUUACGAGUCAUCCACGCGGGUGCAGCGAGUGCUAGUGAAGAUUUAGAGGUUUUAGAGAAGAGGCAGGGAGAGAUGAGAAAGGAAAUUGAUCAGUGGAGAGAAGGUUUGGCAGCCAUGGAAGAGCGGAUCAAAGAAAGCGAAGCCUCUAUGAAACGUAACGUGGAUGUUGUGGGCCCGUGGGUGAAGGGUUUGGAGACAAGAUUAGAUGCUUUGGAUUAA